AUGACUGAAAUUGACCAAGAACAGUCUGUAACAAAUCUAAUUAAGCUACACAGUGUACCACAAUUAUUAAAACGUGAUCGUGAACAAUUACAACAUCAGUCACGUUCCAUCGCCUAUUAUCAUGAUUCAAUCGAUCGUGAGAAAGCUGAACAAUUAUUAAAAUUAAAAUAUGCUAAAUAUCGUCACGAUGGACUAUUUCUUCUACGAGAUUGUACGACAUCUCCACACGAUUUUAGUUUAUCGUUGAUUUAUUUCGAUAAAUGUUAUCAUUACAAAAUACAAUUAAUAUACGAUAUUUAUUUUCAAAUUGAUAAUGGACCACAAAUAGCCGGCAUCGAAGCACUCAUUCAAUAUUAUCAAAAAAGACCAGAUGGAUUAGCAUGUUUAUUAUCGAAUGAAUUUGUUAUUAAUAUUCCUCCACCUAUUAAUGCUCGACGAUUUGGUUAUACAAAUACGCUGCAUAAAGCGUGUAGACAAGGAAGUAUCGAAUUAGUUAAAAGAAUUUUAUCUAUAGAUUUAUAUCGACCAGAUAUUAAUGCAAAAGAUUCGAUAGGUUCAACGGCGUUGCAUGAUGCAUGUUAUUUUGGACAUGAUGAUAUUGUGAGAUUAUUGUUAAAAGCGGGAGCACAUGUUCUAGCAAGAGAUACAGAUGGUGCAACGGCUCUACAUAGAGCAGCCGCUGGUAAUCGUCCAUCAACAUUGUUGAUAUUGAUUAAUGAAGGUAAUGCCGACUUUGAAGAACGUAAUUAUAUAAAUAAUUGGGUACCAUUACAUGAAGCCGCUUAUCAUAAUAGUGCGGCGUGUUGUCGUGCUCUAUUGGAAAGCGGUGCACCUCUACGUGCUAGAACAGAUCUUGGUAAAACACCAUUAGAAAUAGCUGAAGAAGAGAAAUCGGACGAUUGUAUACAAGUUUUUUAUGAUUAUAAACCAUUACCAGCUGUUAGUCGAAAAUCCGAUUGGCUACAUGAAACAAAUUUAGAUCGUUUAACUGCAAAAACAUUGUUAGAAGGAAAAGGUUCCAAAAAUGGGAUGUUCGUUGUACGACGUUCAUCCAAAAAUCCAAAAAAUUAUGCUCUAUCAUUGUACAAUGAUAGAGAAUUUUUCAACUAUGAAAUUAUUAGGCUGAAUGAUACGACAUAUUAUAUCGAUGAUGGACCGUUUUUUGAUUCACUAGAACAUUUAAUUGAUCACUAUUGUCGAAUACCCGAUGGGUUACCCACAACGUUGUUAUCAUCAGUAAAUAGACUCGGACAAAUUGUGCUCAGUAGAGUACAACCUUUAGACGUUUACGCCGCCAAAAUCAAUAUGGCAUCGGCACCAGUACGAAGUAAAUUGGGAAUUGCAGAAUUGUCAAGACAAUCGAGUAUUGAUGAUACAGUAACAAAAUUAAGUGGAAGAGCUCAACGGGGACUAACCCGUCGAACAAAUGGUUCACUGAGUGGUUCAAUGACGUCAUUAGCCUCUUCCUCCUCUCGGUCACAUGCCGGCAGCAAUCAAGAUCCUACUUCUCCAACUCCUUCAUCGUUAUCCACAAGUUCAUCUUCGGCCAGUUUAUCAUCUUCAUCACAAGCAACCAGUAAUAAUCGUACAACAUUAAACAAUGAUAAUUUAAUUCCAUUUGUCGAUAGGCGGCAAGCCGUUGGUGGUCGUAUUCGACCCUUUGUACCUGAAUUUACCCAAUCAAAAACUGCACGUUCAAAUACAAAUGGUUUACAAUCGUCAUCAUUAAUUAAACGUCAACAAACGCCGCACAAACGAAAAUCGUUACAGCUAACCAUUAUACCAAUGAGUCAAAUUCAACAAACAUCUGUACUUGGUGAAGGAGAAUUUGGUCAAGUAUGGGAAGGUUUUUAUAAAGAUGAACGUGGUGUAGGUAUACCAGUAGCUAUCAAGAUUCUAAAAGAUUAUUCAUUAUCAGUUAAAAAAGAUUUUUUGAGAGAAGCUGAACAUAUGGCAACAUUAACGCAUCAUUGUAUUACGAAACUAUACGGUAUUGUUGAUAAUGAUGAUAGUAUGAUGAUGGUUAUUGAGCUAUUACCACUUGGAUCAUUAAUAGAUUAUCUAUGGAAAUAUAAAGGCCAAAUUAAUGAAAGUAAACUAAAAUUAUGGAGUGCACAAAUCACAGAUGGUAUGGCUUACGUGGAAAAGAAAGGAAUCGUUCAUAGGGAUCUUGCAGCCAGAAAUGUUUUGAUACAAUCAAACGAUCAAGUCAAAAUAAGUGAUUUUGGUUUAUCAAGAAGGACAGAAGCAGAUGUUUACAUGCAAUCUUCUGAUAGUAAAAUACCCGUCAAGUGGUAUGCCCCAGAAGCAAUUAAUUUUGGCCGAUUUACGUCAAAAAGUGAUGUAUGGUCAUUCGGAGUUACUGUUUGGGAGAUGUUCAAUUAUGGUUCAACACCCUAUGGUGAUAUGAAUGGUACCGACGUGUUCUAUUAUCUUCAAAAGGGCAAACGUCUAGAUCGUCCAUCUCGUUGUCCAGUAUCAACUUUUCGUAUUAUGUUAAAGUGUUGGGAAUGGGAUGAAUCAAAACGUCCCACCUUUGCCGAGUUGCUCGUUUAUUUUCAAAAUGAUCCUGAAUAUAAAGAUAUUGCUAAAACGACAACAACCACCGGCCUUGAACGACAAGAUUCUCGUUCGUCUAAUCAACAGCAAUUAAACACAAAUAAUAAUAAUAACAACAGUGAUGAUGAUAGUGCUAAUUAA